GCUUGCCAAAACUGUUGAGUGAUGCGUGGGUGCUUGUCAGUUAUUCCAUCGAACCUCGUUGUCGCACUGUGGCCACCUCUGUUUUUGAUGUCGUGUUCCUGCGAUGAGUUCCCGCGUGGUCAUCGCCAAUCCCUCUUGCGUACAGCGGCCUCGGCCUCCGCGAACCAGGCUCGCUACCUUCCUCACAGCCAGGAACUACGUUGCCACUGGAAGGCCCCUUUCGAUCAGUUUCGCAUCCGCAAGGCCAGAGCAUGCAGCAUCGCCAAUGGUUUGACCACCUGCUCCCGUAGCUUAAGAACCGAACACCGUAUGCCAGUGCCAUGGUUCCAGUACUCCCCCAGAAAGGCAGGACGACACACACAAAUAGGCUACCCGCUGUCCCUUGUCUAUCUGAUACUGCCCCGCGAUUUUAUGCAUAAAACUGCUGGUCACAAGAGGUUGCUACGGACGUGCUUGUUGCCUUCCUUCGGUCCUAAACGGCCUCCGGUUCGGCGCUGUCGCCCUUUUGCGGUCCAGCAGAGCUUGGACCUUGUGUUCACCGGCCCUGUCCGGGAUGGAAUGCCCUUUGCCGUCCUAAGCAGCGUGACCCAUUAUAUCAGCUUGCUUCCUAGCAAGGACAACAGCUACUGUCCUCCCGUCCUACGGUACUGGUAA